CAAAACUAAGUUAUCGAAAAUAAGGAAAUAAAUAAGUAAAAUGGAAAACAGCGUAGAUUUCAGCAGGAUUUCGUCCAAAUUGUACCAGAAAUAUCCGCAGCAUGUGCGGAACCUGAAGGACGUCUGCGUCUCCAAGACGGUGAUGAAGCCGGGCGCCUUCUUCGACAGCCUGCAGCAGAUGAUGGAGGAGGAGGCGGCGGCCACGACGCCCGCCAAGGAAAUGGGCUCAGUGGCGGAAUAUGCGGAGCUCUUCCGAACCCUCGAGGAUUAUCCGGCCAAUCUGCAGCGGAUGCCCAAGAAGCGGGAGCUGCAGCGCACCAACUCGACGAUCCUGCGUGGAGGAGGAGGAGCGGAGGACUCCUCGGUGGCCAUGGCCAUGAACAUCUCGAAUGUCUCGCUCAGCCUGACGCGUCUAGAGGAGCAGCGCAGUGCCGUGGAUGUGUACAACGACUUCAAGGCCUUCCAGCGCAAGCUGGCCAAGAUCUACGACGAGGCCGCCGCCCUGGACACCACGGAAUCCAUAUACAAACAGAAGCUAUCGCAGCUGCACGGCUUUGCCCAGCAGCUGGAGAAGCUGAUGCCCAGCGGCGCCGAGUCCCCGCCGGAUGCUUUUACGCCGGAGGAGCAGGAGAAGCUAAUGACCAUUGCGGAGAACAUGGAGCAGCUGAACUAUCUGCGCUCCAACAGCCUCCAGCUGCCCAAUCCCAGCGAGAUUCUGGCCAACGGAAGUCUGGCCGCCCGCCUGGAGAUGUUAGUCGAGGUGCUUACUUACACGCUCCUCCAGAUUAGCAGCUAUAACAUGGCCUUAAUCUGA